AGAGCUGGUAGCAUUGAUUGCAGUAACCUGAUCCCUCCGGGGAGGCGGCAGCGACAGCGGGCAUCGGCCUCACAGGGGGAGGAAGCUGCCUGCAGCUGAGGGCUGGGCCAGGAAGAGCUGGGCUGGGGCCUGGGUCGGCAGCCGCUGCCUCCUCUCCCGGCCCAUGUAUUUUUAAUGAGCUCUCCAGGCUUCUGCAGCCGGCAGCAUGCGGAAAGGCAGGCCCAGGCCUGUGGCCCCAGCCCUGCCCUGAGCCCUGGCCCCCCAACCCUUCUGGGCAUGAGAGGGCGGUCCUGGGGCCCCGAAGCCCCCUGGCCGGGCAGGGCUCUCCAUGCAGCUCUUCCUGAAGAUGGAUUCGAGCCCAGACAAUGACAGCUGGUUGGAGGAUCAGUGGGAGCACUGGCUCACCCAUGAUAUCAGCCUGGAGGAGUUUGAGGAUGAAGACCUCUCAGAGAUCACCGAUGAGUGUGGCAUCAGUCUGCAGUGCAAAGACACCCUGUCCUUACGGCCCCCGCGUGCCGGGCUGCUGUCGGGGGGCGGCGGCUGCGCGGGGAGCCGGCUGCAGGCCGAGAUGCUGCAGAUGGACCUGAUCGACGCGGCGGGGGACACUCCCGGCGCCGAGGACGACGAGGAGGAGGACGAGGAGGAGCGCGCGGCGCGGCGUCCGGGAGCGGGACCGCCCGAAGCCGAGCCUCGCCAGGAGCCGGCGCCCCGCAGCCAGGGCCAGGGCGGCGGGGACACGUACCGACCCAAGCGGCCCACCACGCUCAACCUCUUCCCGCAGGUGCCGCGGUCUCAGGACACGCUGAAUAAUAAUUCUCUGGGCAAGAAGCACAGUUGGCAGGAUCGGGUGUCUCGGUCAUCCUCACCCCUGAAGACAGGGGAGCAGACACCUGCCCACGAACACAUCUGCCUGAGCGAUGAGCUGCCGCCCCAGAGCAGCCCCGCCCCCACUACAGACCGAGGCACCUCCACCGACAGCCCUUGCCGCCGCAGUGCUGCCACCCAGAUGGCGCCUCCCAGUGUCCCUCAGGCUGCCCCACCUGGUGGCCGGGGCCACUCGCAUCGAGACCGCAUCCACUACCAGGCAGAUGUGAGGCUGGAGGCCACUGAGGAGAUCUACCUGACACCAGUGCAGAGGCCCCCAGACCCUGCAGAGCCCACCUCUGCCUUCCUGCCGCCAGCUGAGAGCCGGAUGUCGGUCAGCUCCGAUCCAGACCCUGCUGCCUACCCCUCAACAGCAGGGCGGCCGCACCCCUCCAUCAGUGAGGAGGAUGAGGGCUUCGACUGCUUGUCCUCCCCGGAGCGGGCCGAGCCACUAGGUGGAGGGUGGCGGGGGAGCCUGGGGGAGCCGCCACCGCCUCCACGGGCCUCUCUGAGCUCGGACACCAGUGCGCUGUCCUACGACUCGGUCAAGUACACGCUGGUGGUGGAUGAGCACGCACAGCUGGAGCUGGUGAGCCUGCGGCCGUGCUUCGGAGACUACAGUGACGAGAGUGACUCGGCCACUGUCUAUGACAACUGCGCCUCUGCCUCCUCGCCCUACGAGUCGGCCAUUGGGGAAGAAUAUGAGGAGGCGCCCCGGCCGAGGCCCUCUGCCUGCCUCUCCGAGGACUCCACCCCCGACGAACCCGACGUCCACUUCUCCAAGAAGUUCCUGAACGUCUUCAUGAGUGGCCGCUCUCGCUCCUCCAGUGCGGAAUCCUUUGGGCUCUUCUCCUGUGUCAUCAACGGGGAGGAGCAGGAGCAGACCCAUCGGGCCAUCUUCAGGUUUGUGCCUCGACAUGAAGAUGAACUUGAGCUGGAAGUGGACGACCCCCUGCUGGUGGAGCUACAGGCUGAGGACUACUGGUACGAGGCCUACAACAUGCGCACGGGGGCCCGGGGCAUCUUUCCUGCCUACUACGCCAUCGAGGUCGCCAAGGAGCCUGAGCAGAUGGCAGCCCUGACCAAAAACAGCGACUGGGUGGACCAGUUUCGGGUGAAGUUCCUGGGCUCUGUCCAGGUUCCCUACCACAAGGGCAAUGACGUCCUCUGUGCCGCUAUGCAAAAGAUCGCCACCACCCGCCGGCUCACCGUGCACUUUAACCCACCCUCCAGCUGCGUCCUAGAGAUCAGCGUGAGGGGUGUGAAGAUAGGCGUCAAGGCUGAUGACUCCCAGGAGGCCAAGGGGAAUAAAUGUAGCCACUUUUUCCAGUUAAAAAACAUCUCUUUCUGUGGAUACCAUCCGAAGAACAACAAGUACUUCGGGUUUAUCACUAAGCACCCUGCUGACCACCGGUUUGCCUGCCACGUCUUUGUGUCUGAAGAAUCCACCAAAGUCUUGGCGGAAUCUGUGGGGAGAGCGUUCCAGCAGUUCUACAAGCAGUUUGUGGAGUACACCUGCCCCACAGAAGACAUCUACCUGGAGUAGCAGCGCUGCCUGCCCUCUGCCUCCCCGGGCCCGCAGGCCAGGGCCAGGACAGCUGGCUGCUGACAGGACGUGGCACUGCUUGAGGAGGGGCACCCACCACCACCAGAGGGUGGGGAAGUGGAGGCCAUCGGCCGAGGGUGGGA